AUGACUAUUUCAGCUAUAGGCAUUGAUGACGUUCGGGCGUCCGUAGACCUAUCCCUCGAGGAAUUGCAUGAUUCUCUGCGCAAAGUCAAUCACGAGAUCUGGUCGAACCCUGAACUAGCAUUCAAUGAACAUCGCGCCCAUGAUACAAUCUGCGAUUUCCUCGAGAAGCAGGGAUUUGCAGUGACCCGUCAUGCCUAUGGUAUUGACACUUCUUUCGAAGCUCUAAGUGGCUCGGGUGGAAGAUUGAUCAACUUCAACGCGGAAUAUGAUGCCCUCCCUGACAUCGGUCACGCCUGCGGUCACAAUCUCAUCGCCACUAGCAGUAUCGCUGCCUUCCUUGCCCUUUCCUUUGUGUUGAAAAAGUAUGGCAUCCCCGGCCGGACACAAUUGCUCGGAACUCCUGCCGAAGAAAAUGGCGGAGGCAAGGCUGACCUAAUCGAGGCCGGGGCUUACAAGGGCGUGGAUAUUUCCCUCAUGGCUCACUCUGGACCGAAAAAGCUAUUUGCAGAUCAAGGAGAUGCCGAGGGAAUUGCAGGAACCCUGAUGAAUGCACGUAAAAAGAUCACCUGCGAGUUCACCGGCAAGAGCGCUCACGCCGGAGGUAACCCGUGGGAUGGCAUCAAUGCCCUCGAUGCCCUUGUCUCUGCAUAUAACAAUGUGUCGGUAUUACGCCAGCAGAUUCUUCCCGAACAACGGAUUCACUGUGCCUUCACCGGUGUUCCCAAGGUGGCGAAUGUGAUCCCCGAACACACUGAAGCGAUCUGGCAAGUUCGAAGUCCUUCACUCACGGGAUUGAACAGUUUGGUGUCCAAAGUGCGCAACUGUAUUCAAGCCGGGGCUUUGGCUACCGGUUGUGAAGUUCAGAUUAAAGAGGAGGAACUCUAUACCGAUGUGCGAUUGAACGAUACUCUGUGCGAACGAUAUCAGGCGCACAUGGGUCAGUACGGUCGCAAGGUGCUGAAACGGCAUGAUAAGGUGCUAACGGCGUCUUCUGAUAUUGGCAAUGUUAGCUAUGUGACACCCACAUUGCAUACGAUGUUUGGGAUUCCAACACCGGAGAAUACAUUCCCUCAUCAUCCAUCCUUUGCGGCCUCUGCUGGGACUGAUGAGGCACAUGCGGAGGCUAUUGUGGUGGGGAAGUCGCUGGCGCUGAUCGGGUGGGAGAUGGUUAACAAUGAUGGAUUGUUUGCGAGGGCGCAUCAGCAGUGGAGGGAGGAGAUAGAGAGGUAG